GGGGCCGCGUUAGUUUUUUGUUUUGUUUUUGUCGGGGGCUCCCGAGGCUUUGGGCUCCGCCGCGACGGUGUUUUCGUUGUCUCGUCUCAACUCUCUUCUUCUCUCCGGUUCCCCGGAUCGUGUCAGCGCAGCGGCGCCACCCUCCUCCACCUCCACCCCCCCCCACACACACACACCCCACACCGGCUGGGCUAGGCCCGAAUCCAACCUCGCACGGCACGUAUGGACCUUUGGAAAAUAACAGCCUAACACCCUCCAGAGUCGAACGGACGCAUUCCUUGUGAUGCAGACAUAGAGAGGCUGACGCUGAACGAGGGUUACGUCAACGGGACACAUCAUUUCAGGAUGGAGCCUGGACAGAGGGUGCAGGAGACGUACACAGUGGAGGAAGAUCCCCAGCUGGUGGCCCCCGUUGUCUCUGUGGAGACCGGUGAAGAUGGGACCACAAGGCGCACGGAAACCACGGUAAAGAAAGUAGUAAAGACCACCACCACCCGCACAGUCAUCCCCUCCGUGUCAGACACCCUUUCCCUGGAUGGUGGUGGUUCAGUGACUGGCAUGGGGGGCUACCCUGCACCUAUGGUGUACAGACAGGGACCGGGAGGUGGCGGGCCUAUGGACUACCCUACUCACACGGUGCCCCGCAACUACCAAUACGGACCGCCGGUGGGUUACGACGACUACCGCUCUGGGCCCCCAUCUGAGGCCUACACAAGCCUGAGCAGGGGAGCCCGCAUGGAUGAUCGCUACAGACCGGUCCAUCAAGAUGGUUACAGGACUCUGGAUCCGAGCUACAGAGCCCCCAGCAGGAACCAGCUGGACCCCUAUGCGGCUCAACCGCAGGUCGGGCGUAUGGGAAGUGCCUUGGAGCUGUCCUCCAUGGCGAGGUUUGUCCCAGAGCCGUACGGUCUGGAGGACGAUCAGCGCAGCAUUGGCUACGAUGAGCCCGACUAUGGCAUGGGACACCCAAUGCACUUCAGCACAUUGCCACGCAACCACAACAACGCAUUCCCCCACGGGCCCCCACGCAGAACUGGGAGUUAUGAGGGCACUUUGGAUGGCGACAUGAGCGGACCAGGGGACGUGUACUUCUGGGGAGGAGCGCCGAUGGCCCAGGGCGAAAGAGGUAGCAUGGCUUCAUUGGACAGCACUUUAAGGAAAGGCCCCAUUCCUGGCCCCAGUGGCUGGCGUCAACCAGAGCUGCCCGAGGUCAUUGCCAUGCUCAACUACAGGCUGGACCCGGUCAGGAGCAACGCGGCUGCAUACCUGCAGCAUCUCACCUAUAAAAAUGAUAAAGUGAAGUGUGAUGUGCGUCGAAUGAAAGGCAUCCCAGCACUGGUCAGUAUGCUGGACAACCCAAACAAAGAGGUCCACUAUGCAGCCUGUGGAGCACUAAAGAACAUCUCCUAUGGCAAAGAUCAAGACAACAAGAUUGCCAUCAAGAACUGUGACGGAGUGCCCGCUCUGGUCCGGCUGCUGAGGAAGACCCGCAGCCAGGACCUCACCGACACCAUCACAGGGACGCUGUGGAACCUGUCGUCUCACGACUCUGUGAAAAUGGAGAUUGUGGAUCACGCGCUGCACGCCCUGUCAGACGAGGUAAUGGUGCCUCAUUCAGGCUGGGAGCGAGGGACCAACGGGGCCGGAGGAGGAGAGGAGAACUGCAAGCCCCGACAUCUUGAGUGGGAGACCGCCCUCACCAACACAGCAGGCUGUCUGAGAAAUGUGAGUUCAGAGCGAAGUGAGGCGAGGAGGAAGCUGAGGGAGUGCACAGGAUUGGUUGAUUCGCUCAUGUACAUUGUCCAAUCCCAGAUUGACUUUAAAGAAGUCGACAAUAAGUUGAUAGAAAACAGCGUGUGCCUGCUGAGGAACUUGUCCUAUCAGGUGCAUCGUGAAAUCCCCGGCUGUGAGCGUUUCCAGGAGGCCGCGCCCCUCAACCAGGGCCCCGCCCCCUCCGGACAGAAGGGUGGCUGCUUCAGCUCCCGCAAGGGCAAAGAUGAGUGGUUUUCCAAAGGUAGAAAAGACGAAGAUGCAGCUGCAGACAUAAUAGACAUUCCAAAGAGGACCGCACCUGCUAAAGGCUACGAGCUGCUGUUUCAGCCGGAGGUGGUGCGCAUCUACACAUCCCUGCUGAAGGAGUCCAAGAACCCCACCGUGCUGGAAGCCUCUGCGGGAGCUGUUCAGAACCUGUGCGCCGGACGAUGGACUUACGGCCGUUACAUCCGUGCCCUGCUGCGCCAAGAGAAGGGCUUGCCCAUGAUGACGGAGCUGCUGGCCCACGGCAACGACCGCGUGGUCCGCGCCAUGUCCGGGGCCCUGCGCAACAUGGCCAUCGACGCACGCAACAGAGAUCUACUCGGUAAACACGCGGUUCCCAACCUGGUGGCCAACCUGCCCGGCGGCGGUCAGAGUCAGCCAGUGCGGGCACUGUCGGAGGAGACUGUGGUGUCGGUACUGAGCACGCUCCACGAGGUGCUGGGCUCCAGCCUGGAGGCAGCAAAGACCCUCAGGGCCUCGCAGGGCAUCGAGAGACUGGUGCUCAUUAAUAAGGACGGUAACCGUUCUGAGCGGGAGGUGCGCGGGGCAGGCCUGGUCCUGCAGACCGUGUGGGGCUACAAGGACCUGCGGCGCACUCUGGAAAAGGACGGCUGGAAGAAGACUGACUUCAUGGUCAACCUAAGCCCUCCCACCAGAGCCAACGGAGGAUACGAGGACAGCACUCUGCCGCUCAUUGACAAAGGUGGCAAAGGGGACCGGGAGAUGAUCCCAAUGAAUGACAUUGGACCAGAUGCCUACUCCACACUGGACCAGCGAGUGAGAAGGAACACUCUGGAUAACACACUCGAACCUGCUGACAGAGAUGCAGUACAGGGAGGCAUGUAUGGAGAGAGGCAGGCCUCUUUGCCUCUAAUGGAUUCUUACGAUGAAAAACUGAUUGUGUGCAUCACAAGAAGACAACCUCCUCCCACCUACUGCCCUUGCUGAACUGACAAAUGGGGGACCACUACACUACCGAUGGGACUAAACUCCAUCCUUUAUACUCAAAUCCUCCGCCCCUUUUCACCCCGUUGCCGCCUCUCUUCUUCUUUCCCUUUGUUACAUUCCUCCAUCGCAGCUGACAAAACAACAAAACCACUCAGAAAUAAAACCUGGACGUGGAUCCACGCUCCCUGUGAACAACUGGAUGAGACACUAUGACCACUUCGUGCUCUGCGAGUCCUUUAAAACGCUAACCAUUCGGAUGCCACAACACUACAUCACUACACUACAACUUGCUUGGACAACUCUUAUUCUAACUCCAAGGAAAAGCGGAGGCCGUGGCUUUGUUGGAGGUGGGAGAGUAGAUUUAAAGUAAUCAAACAAAUUGGAAAAACGGGAUGAGAAUGGGACACUCUUGAAAUCACACACGUGACAUUUUUCAUAAAUGGCUAUUUUUUGCUGUGUUUUGAAGAAAUCAAGCAAACAUUCUCACUCUGAUGGCUAAAUACUGCAACAAAUGUUUUCCUACCAGUGACAGUUGAUGUUUAAUUAUUAUCCGAUACAUGUAAAGCUUCUGCUUCUGUUUUGGUAGCGGUUGUUCCUCCUCUUGCUUUGCUCUGUACACAGCGAUGUACAUGUGCCAAAUGACACCGCUAGUGCUGCGACUGCCAAUUCUGAAUGCAAGAACUUCACACACGACUUUUACAGCAGCUACACGGAACAUUGUCAUGUGCUUCAUGCGGGUGCAGCUUGUGUCGGUCGCAGCCCACCUACAAGAUGCAUGGGCAUGCUGCAUUGUCUGUAUUUGAUUGUGAUUCAUAAAUAUAAAAAAGGGUGACGGUUCCAGUAUGGAUGUUCGCAGACAAGUUAUCCUCCAUCUCAUCGGAAUAAGCCGAGUCAUUUUAUGUUAAUUGUAAGCCCCCUUGACCUUUUCAUUGAGGAGAUAUCACAGGAUUUGCGGGACACAUUUACUUCUACCCGCAGCUCCGUCAUCUUAUGAAUGUGUACAGACCAGACUGUCUCUAACUGGAGUGCCUCACUCAUUCAGGACCCGUCGGAUGGGUGACCAAUCAUGGUGUCUUUUUCUCAGCAGGUUACUAGUUGGGAAUAUUAUAUUUGGAAGUCAUCUGUUUUCUAUUCUGCAAAAUAAUAUAAUAUGUGAACUUGUACGUAUGUAAGUCUGUAUUUUUUUUUUUUUAAUAACGUAUAAAACUCUUGAGUUCUGUAUACCCUAAUGCUUCUCCAACCCGUAACUUAGCUGGCUACAGAACAGUACAUGGGGGAGUACAUCGUAUCGUCUGCUCCCCCUGCCCGCAUUUAAGUACAGCAUUCUGUAGGAGUCUUGUUCUUAGUGCCGAGUGAGAUGUAGAUACUUACUGAGUGGAUGAUUAAAAGAAGCACUGUAGGGGGAACAUGUGUUUUUCUUUUUGUUUUUCCAUGCCAAUUGAAACACGGACAGGGUGCCUCUUUUUCUCAAAGUAACACGUUGCCUUCGAGAAUGGACUGACUGAAAGAGGGAGCGAGAGCGAGGUUUUUUUUGCUAUAGCAUUGCGGUGUAUGGAGGCGUGGACCAGAAUUUGCUAUUGGGAAAAAGGUGGAGAAAAAAAAAUAAAAGCACAUUUAAACUAUAUACAAGAGUAUAUUUGUUAAUUUUAAUUAUGUAUUUUUUUAAUAUUGAUUUGGGUUCAAUGGUUUUUGGGUGCUCCUGGUGAAUGCAUAUGCAAUCAUAUGUUUUGAUUAAAAACAUUCGAUCUAUAUCUCAAUUAAUUGCAAGACAAGUUAGCUCAACAAAAUCAUCCAACAUAGUCAUCAGAUACUGGAUCACUAAUGAAAAAUCUCAUUCUGGACUACAUCUUAAUCUUUUGCCUUGGCUCUUGAAGUUGCACAUCAUCACUUAUGAAUGAAUCUUGUAACUAGCAAUACUGUUUUUAAUAAAAAAGAAAAUGAUUUUUGAGAA